AUGGCCGCUUCAAGGUCAGUUUGUUGGGAACACCAAGCUGCGGGCAAUUUCUGUUCCUGGCCCGGGUGCAAAGAGUUCGACAGUGAAGAACAGGAGAGAGAGCAUUAUUCUCUCUCUCUCUCUCUCUCUCUCUCUCUCUCUCUCUCUCUUCCUGUUCAUAUCUAUCUAUCUAUCUAUCUAUCUAUCUAUCUAUCUAUCUGUCUGUCUAUCUAUCUAUCUUUUCCAUGUCUCUAUCAAUCUAUUUAUGUAAUUCUGUUCUAUCUAUAUAUCUAUUUAUCCAUGUCUGUUCAUAUCUAUCUAUCUAUCAAUUCAUAUUUAUCUCAUUCUGCGUCUCUAUGUAUCUAUCUAUCUAUCUAUGUCUUUCUGUACAUCUAUCUAUCCAUCAAUCUAUCAGUUCUUAUCUAUCUAUCUAUCUAUCUAUCUAUCUAUCUAUCUAUCAGUUCUUAUCUAUGUAUCAGUUCAUAUCUAUCUAUCUAUCUAUCUAUCUAUCUAUCUAUGUCUUUCUGUGGUAUUGUUUAUGUACACGGUGAAAUCCGAAAAGAAAGCCUCACGGACGAAGGAUAA